AUGUCCAGUUUUGCGCCUUUGAAAAACGAUUUGAUCUUGAGAGCAGCAAAGGGGAAAAAAGUUGAGAGACCCCCGGUAUGGAUCAUGCGCCAGGCUGGUCGCUAUUUGCCAGAGUACCACGAGGUGAAGGGAAAUCGAGAUUUUUUUCAAGCUUGCCAGGACGCCGAAGUAGCAUCCGAGAUCACGAUUCAGCCAGUGGACCAUUUCGAUGGCCUCAUUGAUGCUGCCAUUAUAUUCAGCGAUAUUCUAGUGAUACCCCAGGCCAUGGGGUUCGAAAUCAACAUGGUUGAAGGAAAGGGCCCUGUUUUCGCUUCACCAUUGAGGCACCCAGACGAUUUAUCAAGAAUUGACUUGAAGCCUGACGUAUCGGAGAAACUAGCCUGGGCUUACAAAGCAAUCACGUUGACCCGACUGAAGUUGAACGGCAAGGUUCCGCUUUUAGGAUUCGUUGGUGCUCCCUGGACGCUAUUGGUAUACAUGACGGAGGGACAAGGGUCCAAGAUGUUUAGGUUUGCCAAGCAGUGGAUCUUCGAGUUUCCGGAUGCUGCGCAUAAGCUAUUGCAGGCAACGUGCGACGCCUGUAUCGAAUUUUUGGCGCAGCAGGUCGUUGCAGGAGCCCAGAUGCUCCAAAUCUUUGAAUCCUGGGCGGGGGAGUUGAGUCCCGACGACUUUGCCGUUUUCUCUUUGCCAUACUUGCAGCAGAUUUCCGCCAAGUUGCCUAAAAGACUCAAAGAAUUGGGCAUCAAAGAUGAAAUACCGUUGACGGUUUUUGCAAAGGGUGCUUGGUACGCUCUCGAUAAACUUGCAGAUGCUGGCUACGAUUGCGUUUCGCUUGAUUGGCUGUUUGAGCCCAAAGCAGCAAGAGACGUGGUUGGAGACAGAAGGGUGUCCUUACAGGGAAACUUGGACCCAGGCGUCAUGUAUGGCUCAGACGAAGUGAUUGAGCAAAAGGUGAAAAAGAUGCUCGAAGGCUUCGGUACCCAAAACUACAUCAUAAAUUUUGGUCACGGAACACACCCCUUCAUGAAACCGGAGAAGAUAGAGGUGUUUUUGAGACUGUGCCACAAGUAUGGCUCGGUGUAG